GUCCGAGUUGAACAUCUUUAUUAGAACAUCAGAAGCCGCAAUUCGUGGCUCAUUCGUGACACGACCCGUGAAAAAAGUGUUUGUUCAUCGUGCUCCCGUUGUUUAUACUCUGAGAAAAUUCGUUAGUUGGGGAAACGUUUUUUAAUUGAAACAAACCACGAAAUGCCGCUAGAAAAUUUAGAGGACGAUGGGCUCGAGAAAAACCCGAAUCUCGAGCUCGCGCAAACAAAAUUUUUGCUCAGCCUACCAGAGCACAAGAACGACGAGAAUUUAAAGACCAAGCUUCUUGAUGCCAUAAAAGCCGAAAAUAUGACAAUGUUCUACGAGGAAGUUUGUCGCGACCUCGACUGGCCUAUAGAUGAAGCAUUGAGAGAUAAAAUGAAAGCUCACAAUCUUGAACAAACUAAAGCGCUGGAUGAUGCUAUAGAAGAUGCGGAGAAGAAUCUUGGUGAAAUGGAAGUUCGUGAAGCAAAUCUGAAGAAAUCUGAGCACUUGUGUCGCAUCGGCGAUAAAGAGGGUGCAAUAUCUGCAUUUAGAAAAACUUAUGAGAAAACUGUUUCGUUAGGACACAGACUCGAUAUAGUUUUUCACAAUAUUAGAAUUGGCCUCUUUUACCUGGAUCAUGAUCACAUCGUUAGGAAUAUCGACAAGGCCAAGAGUCUGAUAGAGGAAGGAGGCGAUUGGGACAGAAGAAAUCGUUUAAAAGUCUACCAGGGGACUUAUUGCAUUGCGGUACGUGAUUUCAAAGAAGCUGCUAAUUUCUUCCUCGACACUAUAAGCACGUUCACGAGUUACGAACUUAUGGAUUACAACACCUUUGUAAGAUACACUGUUUACCUGAGUAUGAUCAGUUUACCGAGGAACGAAUUGCGUGACAAGAUAAUCAAAGGUUCUGAGAUCCUCGAAGUAUUGCACAACAAUCGGGACUGCAAGGAUUAUCUGUUUUCUCUAUACAAUUGCCACUAUGCUGAUUUCUUCAAAAAUCUUUCACACGUUGAAGGUUUACUUCGUACCGAUUACCUCAUUUUCCCUCAUUAUCGUUACUACGUGAGAGAAAUGCGUAUCCUCGCUUAUACUCAACUCCUCGAGUCUUAUCGAUCUCUGACCCUUCAAUAUAUGGCUGACGCAUUUGGAGUUACUGUGGAAUAUAUCGAUCAAGAAGUGUCGCGUUUCAUAGCCGCUGGAAGAUUACACUGUAAAGUCGAUCGCGUGGGUGGUGUCGUCGAGACAAACCGUCCUGACAGCAAGAACUGGCAAUAUCAGGCGAUGGUCAAACACGGAGAUCUUCUUCUCAACAGAGUCCAAAAGUUGUCUCGAGUUAUAAAUAUUUAAUUGUACCCAACACGAAUAAUAACAGAAGUGAACAAAAAAGUAAACAAUGCCCACGAAAAGAAAUCACUAAAUGAUGAAAUUUUCUUCUUUUUUUAUUGGGCUUGGAAAUAUGACGAUAAUAUCGUGUCUCAUUAAUGUGUCGCGCGGAGAGAAUCAGAGAAAAAUAUACAAACAGUCCGAACGCGAAUACCACUAAUAAUAUAAUUUUGUAAAACAAAUACAAGGAUUAUUACUUCAGUGUUUUUUCCCUCCAGAGUUCCUUGAUAUAGGAGGAAUUUUUAAUAAAUAAAUGCCUUUUUGCAUUGCA